CCGAUCCAGGUACGGUCCUCGAGGAGCAGCGGGAACCGCCACCGUCCUUUCGCUCCUUCCUUCACCUUCCCGCUAAAUCCCUGCCCCGGCCAGACUUCCGGCCCUCCGCAAGUCGCCCCUCCUCGGCCAGUCCUCCCUGCCUCCCUACCUUUUCCCCACACCUUGUCCUCCCGACUCUUCUCGCGCCCUCCAAUGCCCCCUCUCGACGUCUGAUCUUCCCCGACGACACUCUCCCUGCGCCCUCUUUCAUCCACUCCCCCAUGCGCCGUAUUGCCGCGGUCUUCGCUUCAAAGCGGUCAGACAGAUCCGAUGCUGCCUCCUCCACCGCCGCCUCCUCCAACGCCGACCACAGUCUCUCCGCGCAGAGCCAGGCAACCGUAAAACCCGCGCGCGCACGCUUUUUCCGCUCCAUUUCGCGCAAGAGCAAGCCCGUCGAUCCUGUCGUCAACCGCCUCAACAGCUCCGAGCUGCACCCGCCUUCGUCCUCCUCGUCCUCUAGCGGUGCGCCUACCACUCCUGACGAUGACCGCGGUUCUCUCCUCAGGGUUCCCGCGUCCAAGGCAUGGCUUCCCCUGCCCCCUCUUCCCAACGAGCACCACUCUUCAUCUAGCUCAUUAUUGCACCAUCCGGAGCUGACUCCCCACCAUUUGUCCUCGUUCCAUUCCACGCCCCGCCCCCGCGCAGCCCCAUCCAGGCAGUCUACCCUUGACACCGAGGACGACUCAUCCGAAGAGUCCUCCGUCGCCCUCGAUCUCUCGAGGCCACCGGAGCGCUCGACGCCCCUCGCUGCCCCCGCCUACGUCCUCGCUCUUACGUCAAGUCAUCUGCAUCCUCCAUUCUCCCCGCCCCCCUUGCUCCAUGUACCGGGCUGUCCCACAUACCCCCGAUCGUUCAACAGCCGGCGCACGCUCCCCUAUGCAGAUUCUUUGGAGUCGUCCAUGCACCGAGUGCGGCUCCAGCGCCGUCUCCAGUGCGGCGAUCUAACCCCUUCCGAACAGCGUUCGAUUGCCUCGUUCGCCGGAAGACGGACCGUGCCAAAGGAGCGUCUCUCGUUGCAACUGGACGAUAAUGCGGUCGACGUUAAGCAAAUCACGCCGUUCUCUGCGGGGUUGCGGAGGUGGGCCGAUCGCCCGUGCUUCGAGGACAGGAUGCAGGUGCUGCUUGCCGAGGAUGUCCCAACCGGCAACGAUCUGGUCUGGGCACGGGUGGCCCCGGCCACUGGCUAUGGCGUGGCUGCCCUCGAGUACUCGGUAGCGCUCGAGAUGCUUGCAGGUUUGUAUGAGGAAGAGGCUCAGCCAGCCGAAGAGCCGCAGGGUUCGGAGCCGGACACGCUCCCUUUAGACUUCCUCCGUGUCGACACCCAGCUCUCGCUGGAUCUCUCCCUUCCGCACUCUCAGUCUCUCAUGACCCCGAGUCCUUCCUCGCUAUUGGAACCGCAGUCAUCAACAACGUCGCUCUCAACAAUGGCCCCGGCAUCAGCGCCCGCUGCUGUUUCAUCGUUGGCACCCCCUGCCAACCCCCGUUCUGUGUCGCACAACAGCAGCCAUUACAAGGCUCACCCCUCGCCGCUCCGCAUGGAGACUUCUUCGACGCCUCUGGCGACCGCGCUCCUCGCAUCGCCCGCGCCCUCGACGACUUCAACAGCUGUCGCAUCUCCUCGUUCUCUGCCCAGCAUCGCAUCCCCACCAGCAUCAGCACCAGCAGCGCCCCUCAAAUCUGCACUGAAGCAGGGUGUUCGCUUCGCUGAAGGUGAGAAAGAGGACAAGGAGGAAGGCCUCCCUCUUGGGUACGUGCAGCGCAUCAAGCAGAAACGCGAGGAGAAGGCGCGCUUCCUGCAGCAGGAGCGCGAGCGCCGCAAACAUGACGACGAGCGGCGGAAGCACGAGGAAGAGAAGCGAAGAUGGGAGGAGGAGCGCGCGGCUUGGGAGCGCGAGAAACGUGCGAUCGAGGACGAGCGCAAGAAGCGGAUGUAUGCGGACGAAAUCGCUGCUGCUCGGAGUCGCCGGGAGAGCCAGCGAUUUGGGCCCCUGGGCGCGAUGACGGGCGAGGGCCUUGCCACGGGCCAGUGGGACCGGAACGAGCGCGGCGGCCGAUCGGAACGCGAGGUGUCCUCGACGCACAGUCGGCCGACGUACGACCCCUCGAGCCACCCCUCCCGACAGGGCUCCGACGUAUCUGUUCAUCAAGUGCAUACACCCAGGACUGCGAGUGGCUCGGUCUCUGGAUCACCAUCGAGCGUACGGCCUGGCAGCGUCUACGGCUCCGCAAACAUUCCUGGGUCUUCCCGUCCACCAUCGAUGUACUCUGGGUCACCCGUGGCGUCCUCGUCGCAGCAAGACAUUCGUCUUCGCGAGCGCCGCAUAAGCGGUACUGGCAGCCGCCGAGCCUCCAUGGUUUCCGAAGCUGCAGGUUCCCGUAACUCUCUCGCCAUCCCCCCGAUGCCGAUGCAGCCGAUGUGGGGCAUGGGCAUGAACGGUAUGCCUAUGCAGGGUAUGCCCAUGGGGAUGGUAAUGCCCAUGCCGAUGUAUGGCGGCGGGGCUAUGGAGAUGCCUCUCCUGCCGCCGUCGCCCCCUUUCAUGGCGCAGCAGUACGGCUAUCGACCGCCAUCGCAGAACAGCAACCGCGCCUCACAGCCGUCCCCGCAGCGCUCGCACAGUUCAUCGCCGACGAUGGGAGGACGUGGCCUGCCAACAAGCCACAGCUCGGAUCGCGUCAAUCGCAUGUCACAGGCGCAUGGUUCAUCAUCGUCGGCGCGCGCGCCUUCAGUGCCUCGCUCUGAGUCGACGCCAGGCCCUCGGCGUGGGCAUCAGCGCACAUCGAGCGGCGAGAUCGUGCAACGGCCUUCCACGCUACGCAGUCACUCAGACGACAAGCGGAGUACGAAGUCCGCGGCGCCGUCGCCACGUCCCGCGCCCGUGCAUAGCUCUUCGCUACCACCACACCCUCCGCCGUCCUUCAACCCAUCGAGGCAGUCGUGGGCUCUACCCAAGACAGGGUUCGAAAACGUCAGCCGACCAUCACAAGGCUCGCGGCGGCAGACGGUCAUCUCAUGACAGUGAGCCCGCUCUGGCCGACCCACUUUACCCCCUCCCCUCACCGCCCAUCGUCCGCCGGACUAGUGCAUAAGUAUUCACCCACCUAAUCUUGGACGUUGUGUCAUGCAUGCACCGUCUCUCGUUAUACCUGACCGCAUACACUCUUUCGUCCUCUUUUUACCACGGCAUCUUCUCCGCGCAUUGACCCUUUUUUCUUCUGUUUCCUUACAACUUAUUCCGUGCGAACUCAGUUCUCGUCAUGUCUAUUGCCUCAUCGACACACACACAUCGCACGCCCCACUCCCCCUCCCAUUCCCAUUCCUCCCUCGCUAUCCUCCCGCAUAUCUCCACAAACACAUACCGGACGCCGAACCUUGUCCACGCCCGUCAUGCCCCGCGCCCGCGCGCCGCCGCCGUCGCCGCGCACCCAGUAGCUAGUUAGUACGUAUACAGUAUUGUAGAACCGCCCGCCUGCAUGGAUGCUGCUCUCCCCCCUUCACCCGCUUUCGCACCCCGCACCCCUUGUUCGGGCCCCCUGCCCCUGCCGCGCCGUCCAUUACCGGGCGCCGCGACGAACGUGUACUCUCCCCAAGUUACCCAUCCCAAUACGUACU